GGGGGCGGGGAGGCGGCACGGGUGCUGUUUCUCCAGUCUCUUUCCCCAGUCUUUGUCUCACACUCUUUUGUUAGCCAUGCCUAGCCUGCUGGUUCUAGCAGGGAUCAUGGAGAAAAAUGGGGGCUACGGCGGGGAUCUAGCCGGCUCCGGAUUCGGAAGCGAAGGUCUCCUUGUGCCACCCGACGAGGAAGAAGACGACUCCCGUGCCCUCAGGGUCGCGUUGGGCCAGUUGUCUCUGUUGGGGCUCGGGGAAGGCGAGGACGGCGGCGGGGCUCCUACAACGGGAGUACAGGACAGGAGUAACAAUAACAAUAACCAUCAUAACCACACCAAUAACGUUGGAGGGGGAGACUCGGUACUUUUGCAAGGAAAAAGCAAGUUAUGUGCCCUGUAUGAAGGCUCUUCAGCUGAGACGAAGGGACGAGGCUGCAACAUAACAGAAUGCGUCCCCGUGCCCAGUUCUGAACAUGUGGCCGAAAUAGUCGGGAGACAAGGUUGCAAGAUCAAAGCUUUGCGGGCCAAAACCAAUACCUACAUCAAAACUCCUGUUAGAGGUGAGGAGCCUGUGUUCCUGAUCACGGGCCGGAAGGAGGACGUGGCCCUGGCACGACGCGAGAUCAUAUCUGCUGCCGAGCACUUCUCCAUGCUACGGGCGUCCCGCAACAAGCUGGGUGUAUCCUUCAGUGGCUCGCCGCCCACACCUCUCCCAGGGCAGACGACCAUUCAAGUAAGAGUGCCAUAUCGAGUUGUGGGUCUGGUUGUAGGACCUAAAGGUUCCACCAUCAAACGCAUCCAGCAGCAGACAUGCACCUACAUCGUCACCCCGAGCCGAGACCGUGACCCCGUCUUUGAGAUCACAGGGUCACCAGGCAACGCUGAAAGGGCCCGCGAGGAGAUCGAGGCGCACAUCGCCUUCCGAACGGGAGGCCUGCACGACCACAACAACGAGAACGACUGCCUAGGGCCGGACGGCAGCACUGGGCCAGCAGGCUCCGGGGGUCUGGAGAGCCGCCUGCAGCAGGUGUGGGGGCUGCAGGGGGGCCAGCGCAAGCCGCUCACCAGCAGCUACCGCCAGAACUUCUCAGAUGCCAUGGUCGGAGGGGGAGGGGAAGUAGGGGGAAUCUACAGUAAGGGCAACUUCUCCAGCUCUGGAGAGAAACCAUGCUCUUACUUUGGUUCGGAGGGCACUCAGAGCUGGGGUGACCCUGACUACCCCAAACAGGUGGCUUUCUAUGCCCAGCAGCGGUCCAAGAGCUUCGGCGGUCUUCCCCUUCCCCUGACCAGACUCUCCCCUGGCCUGCCCGAGCCCUGCGGUGGAGGAAGCACAGCCAACUCUUCAGUUACCAGCAUCGCCGCUGUGGCCGGCUCGCCCCAUGCCCAGGCCCGGCGGGCCCACAGCGAGCCCACCUCGGCAAGUGUUGGCUUCCCUGGGCGCCUCCCUGUGCCGGACUCUCCACCGGCCACCAUGCGGGACUGCAUGACCUGCUUUGAAAGUAAAGUAACGGCUGCCCUGGUGCCCUGUGGCCACAACCUCUUCUGCAUGGAGUGUGCCAUCCGCAUUUGUGAGCUCAACCACCCGGAGUGCCCUGUUUGCCACACCUUGGUUACGCAGGCCAUCCGAAUAUUCUCUUAGGGAGAAAACAUCCGUUUUUAUCAUUUGUUUUGUCACAGUGUUCAAGAAUGAUUUACUGUUAUUAAUAUGAUUAUUAUUAUUAUUAUUCUAUGUACUUCUUUCUCAAAAAAUCUAAAAACAACAAGCAGAUAUUUUAGAAGGCACUGCUUGCUUUACUAAAAACUA